CCUUGUUUGUUGUUGACUGUGUUCACGGGGGAGAGCUCUGUAUGUUACUUGUAGCCUUGAAAUAAAGGUAUUUUCUGUUAAAUCUGCAUUUGGGUCCUGCCUACUUCGCUCAACCCUGACAGAAGGAUCUCACCAAGAAUGGACCCAGCAGACAGCCUGUACGAGGAUGUUGGCCAUGGCCACAGCUGUCCCUACUGUUGCUCGUUUCAUUGGAAUAAGUGAAAAUUCAUCUGUAGAAGGCUAUCCAAGCUCUACUCCAGAAUAUGACUACAUGUAUGAUGACUACUAUGGGAAUGAGACGUUCUUCGUUGGUGGGAGCACUGGGAGGUGUGUGUAUCAGCCACACGGGGCCAGUUUUCUUCCCGCGCUCUAUGCAAUCUUCUUCCUCACGGGCCUUCUGGGUAAAUGUCUGGUCAUCUGGGUCUUAACACGUGGGGUUCGCCUCCGCAGCAUGACGGACGUGUGCCUCUUAAACUUGGCUGUAGCUGACCUUCUCUUGGUGUGCACCCUUCCCUUCCUAGCCCACCAAGCCCGGGACCAUUGGCAGUUUGGGGAUGCCAUGUGCAAAGUGGUCCUGGGUAUUUAUCACAUCGUUUUUUACUGUGGGAUCUUCUUCAUCAGUCUAAUGAGCAUCGACCGCUACUUGGCUAUAGUACACGCUGUUUACGCUAUGAGAGCCCGGACGAGGUCCUUUGGAAUGAUCGCAGCAUCUGUUACAUGGGUGGUUGGAUUUAUGGCUUCUUUCCCUGACCUGAUCUUUCUCCAACAACAGCCAGGUACUAAUGCAACUCACGACUGCUACCCCGUCUUUCCCAACUCUCACUACUGGAGGAUCUUCAGCCUUUUUAAAAUGAACAUGUUGGGUCUAUUUGUCCCUCUUCUCAUCAUGGGCUUCUGCUACUCACAGAUUGUCUGGAGGCUGCUGAACAGCCAGUCAUCCAAGAAACAGGCCAUCCGUUUAGUUCUCAUAGUGGUAGUUGUUUUCUUCAUCUGCUGGGUCCCCUACAACAUUGCAUCCCUCUUCAAAGCACUGGAGCUAUUGCACAUCAUUUCUGACUGCCAAAGCAGCAAAGCCAUCAGAUUGGCGUUACAGGUCACUGAGGCCAUUGCCUACUCUCAUAGCUGCCUUAACCCCAUCCUGUAUGUGUUUGUUGGGGAGAAGUUCAGGAGGCACCUGUUUAGGUUGAUAAACAGGGCUCCCUGCAGACUGUGUAAAAUGGUCAAGGUCUGCAUACCUCAGGACAGAAUUACCGGAUCAGUGUACUCGCAGACCACCAGCCUGGACGAGAGGAGCACUGCUGUCUAAUGUCUGUUCCUGUUAUGGCUAUCUCCAUCCCUGGUCAUCUCUACAAUGAGGACAUGUAUUGCAAAGUCAAAACUAGGUCAUUCUCAACUUUUAUAUUGUAUUUUAGAACUUCACUUCACUCAGAAUUAGGUUUAUGUUAAUGAAGGGUACGUUUUGGAGUGGGAGUUAAGUUAGACAGUGAUGUAUUUUUAAGAAUACAGUGGAGUGUAUGUGAUUCUGUUAGAGACACAGACAUGAUUUUAUGGUUUUAGGAUGUUGUAUUGAAGUCACAUGCAUGCAAAUACAUUAUAUAUUUUUAAAUGUUAUCACAUAAAUAUAACGAGUUGUACUGUUAAUACGGUGUUGGAUAUGUGAGAUUUAUGACUGAGUUUGGAUUGGAACAGAAUGGAUCAGAACUAUCAAUUUCAGUUAUUUUUCUGAAUGAAAUUGUGUUUAAUCCCACUGAGUCAAAACCUGUAAACGUCAGCAUAUAAACCCCGGUAACCUCAAUUAAUCUUCAGCUACCAAUUUAACAGACGCAAUGCAACAAGUCAAAGAUAAAGUCAGAUACUGAUCAUUCCUUUCAUUCAUUAGCGGAAACACCGUUAAGUCUGCGUUGGUUUUGUGUAUGAAGUUAUUGCACGGCAAAAGGUCCCCGGUGCAGCUGGAAACCUUAUGCAAGUUUCAUUGCAUAUGCAGCAGCAGAUCUGCACCAAACAUCGAACUAGAGGAAACCACAACUUGAAAAAGGAGGAAGUGUAAGUGGUCGGUUUAACACUAGCAGUCCCUGUGCACAAAAGCGCAUUAUCACUGUGAAUUCGUUUUUAAAGCAUACAUUUCUAGUGAAAUGAUUCAGCAUUCCACAAAAAAACACAUUAUUCUAAAAACGACUGUACCCUGUAUUCUGUCAUGCAGACUGAAAGCAUCACAUUCAAUCAUUACAGUUCAAGACGUUCAUUAGACUCACGGAAAAUACAAGAUAUACAGGUUCCUUUCACCUUUUGAGCUUGUUCCUCAAUAUGUAUAUACAUUUUAUGUUAGUAUUCAAUAUGUCUAUUUUUUGGGCAGUUUCGUUUGCUGACAGUUUCAUUGGUAAAAAUAGAUGGUGGUAUCUUAAGCGAUUCAUUAUUUGCUAUACUUCACUACUUAUUUAUCUAAAUAGUUAUCACCGCAAUAAACCAUAUUUAAUUUAGUCUUAAAUGUACAAUAUCAAUUUCAUAUUAUGUUCUUGUAUAUAUCAUAUUCUAUUUACAUGUAUACAGACUUCUUGCACUAUUUCUUAUUUGUAUUUGAUUAUAUAUGUUGCAUCGUUGAAGGAGCUUGGGUCAUAAUAUUUUCAUUGCCAUUUCUACACUAGCUUAUGUGCACAUGACAAUAAAACCUUUGAAUCUAA